GGGCGGGGCUAGCGUUCAGAAGCUCUGUAGGCCUCCUGCUUCAACAGACUAGGAACCUUAGCUCCGGCGGGCAGAGGGUUGCUAGUGUGCGGAGCUGCAGUCGGUGGAAGAAGGAAGGGGUUCAAUGGGUGCGGAGAGGGUUACGAUAGAGAACAGGAAUUGGAGGUUGGAAACCUGACCGGACUAGGGCGGGAGAAGAGAGAGUGGGCGUGGCAUCGAGGGGUGGGGCUAAAAUCUUUCCUUGGUAGUGGUGGUUCAGAGGCGGUGGGGGCGUGUCUAGCAUGCAGGCUUGGCUGAGCUGGGAGGCGGUCCCACGGGGCGUGGCCCUGGAAGGGGCGUGCCUUGCUUGAGGCGGUCCCGGGGUGGGGGCGGGGUCGGUGCAGGCUGAGUGGGCAGCGCGAUGCGGGGCUCGAGCUGCGUGGGCAGUGGUGGCGAGAGCCCAGGUGGUACGGGGCUGAGCGAGGGGCCCCGUGGCCGAUGGCUGCGGCUCGCCCCUGUCUGCGCCUACUUCCUGUGCGUGUCAUUGGCCGCUGUGCUGCUUGCUGUGUACUACGGGCUCAUCUGGGUCCCCACGAGGCCGCUUGCGGGCCCCGCCGACCCCCUACCCAGCGCUGCGGCCGCUCCAUGUGCUAGAGCAGCACCGCCCGCCCCGCCUCCAGCCGCAUCCUGCUUGCUUGGGGCCUCCGGCGGGCCACGACCGCAGCCAGGACUGCCGCGGAGCCGCCGCCACAGCCGCCGCCCAGCUGCGGGAGCGUCGCCGGAGACCGCGCGCCGAGCGCCUGGAUAGUCUGGCCCGCCCCCACCUUGGCCUGCGCCUGUCUGUCUACACCACCGGGCCUCGCCUGCGCGGCGCCGCCUCUCUCCUGGCCGCGGUCCUGAUCCUGCCAGACAUUAUCCCACCCCGCUCCUCCCCGGGACCCAGCGCUCAUCGGCAAUAAACUCCAGCCUCAGCUGGCUUACCCGGUCUGUGGUUGUCGGCCUCGCGCGCUGGUCUCUUCUAGCCCCGUGACCGCGCGGCCUCAAAGGCUUUCCUCUUUCAUUGCUCGCAUGCAGUUUUUGGGUUGGAAUGGGGAGAAGUGGCUUGCCAUUUUUCGGGGCCAUUGAAGGUCAAAUACUGUAAAGGCCUUAGCAGUUUUCGGGGUGUCACGGGCUCUCGUAUAGCAUCGGAGACAAUGGUGCGUGCUGGAAACUGCAGUUGGUAUAGUUUACAAUGGCACCCGUGUACUAGCUUGUCCUGGUUUGGGUGGUGACGGGACAUAUUUGCUGCUAUGGAAGUAUGGAGCAUAUAGCUGAACCAAAAUCAAACUGUUCUGCAUUGCUGUUGGUGCCAUGCUGAGAAGCUGGUGUAGCUUCUGAUAAAGAAGUCAUGCGACUGAGUCCAUUUUCCUUUACCCAUGACAGUGGCUUGGCCGUAGGAGGGCCUGGGAUAUACCCUGCUGCCCUGCUGCAAGAAGGGGGUUUCCUUUACGGCCUUCCUUCCCCCUAGGCUGGACAGCAUCUGGAACCUGAGGACUUGUCAGAUGGGAGCAUGUUAACCUGCCCUGCUGGUUCCCUUCUGCCCUACCAGCAUCCCCCACGGGAUGAUGUGCAGCAAUGUACUUAAACCUCUCUGGUCUUGUAAAAUGAAGACAACACAUUGUUGCGCAGAGAAUUAAACUAGUGAUCCAAACCUGA